AUGAGUAUAUCUUUUCCUUCAAAGCGGCAAAAAAAAACUGAAGCACUUCAAGAACUUAUUCAAAUUCGUCAUGAACUUAAAGGAAAACCAGUUUAUUUCUUUCUAAAAUUAGAUAGAUAUUUUGAAGGUAUAUUAAUGUUUGAUGCAAAAGAACAAAGAACCUAUAUUUAUAAUUUAAUAAAUGAUUGUAAAUAUGAAACAUUUUCUAAGUGGAUAAAUGGAUUGCAAAAACAUGGAUUAUUCAAAGGACAACGAUCAGCUCUUGCAACUGUUUUUUUAGAACCAAAUCCUACCAGUUUACCAAUUGCUUCAAUUUUACGAAAAACUAUUAAAGAACAAACUAAAACAAUUAUCAAUUUAAAAGAUCAAUUACAAAAAAAAAUUGAAAAAGAAGAAGAGAAGGUGUCAAAUAAAAUUGCAAAUAUUGUUCAUACAGUUACCAAAAGUGUAACAAAUAAAACUACAAAUAUUGCAGACCUUCAUUCUAUUUUUCAAGAACUUAUUCGAAUUCAAUGUUUUUACGUUGAGCAAUAUCUUUAUAUUAAUGAAUAUGAACAAAAAUCAGGAUGGCAAGACAAAAUUGCCCAACAAAUAUUAGCUAGCUUGACAGCAAAUAAAAUUUGGGGAUAUGGACGAGUAGGAUUUUUCUCUCAUAAUUCUUUUAAAAUUCAAAAAGAUCUUCUUUGGAGUCAGCAUGAAAAUUGUUAUGUUGGUUAUUUAAAUUUUGAAGAUGAAAUGCAAGAUUAUCAAACAUUUGCAAUACAGUGUCAACAAGAAAUCGAAUUAUCAACAAAAAGUAAUUUCUUAUCUAAUUCUAUAUCCGAAGAACCUAAACGUGAACUUGCAACUCAAGUUCAUCAAGUCAUUUGGCAUUCAGCAACUUUGACGGCAAAAUUAAAAUGCCUUGGCAUAUAUACCUAUGGCUCAAUUUGUGACGGUGCUGGAGAAAACAGAACUCAUAUUAAAAGUUUUGAUUGGUAUGCCUCAACCUGGUCAUUAGGUGAUAUCGUAGAAGUUGAUUUUAAUAAAAAAUUUUAUUCUGCUGAAAUUGUAAAUUUUAAUCAUGAUCGAACACAAUUUUCUAUGCAUUAUCUUAAUUGUGGUAGUUCAAAAACAAUUACAGUUGAUCGAGCACUUAUUCGUUCUCCGAUGACUAAAAAAUCAAAGUGGAAUUUUAAUGAAAUAUGUGAAUUUAAAAAUCCACAGGACAACCAAUA